CCUCCUUAUAAAGGGACUCUCUCACGUUGUGGCUUGGAAAUUAGAGCACAUUGCCUAAAAUUGAGGUCUCCACAUACACACUCUCACACACGCAGAGUCACCGAGAGCCGCUGCCAUGAACUGGAUGAACGUUGAGGAGAUGAUCCGCAGGGCCGAAACGCCUCUCUUCUGGGUCGGUGCAUUCACUGUGGCCUUCCUGACGCUCUGGUUGCUCUACAGGCUGCUCACAGGUUUUAGGAUCUGGGUUUUGGGAAAUGGAGAGCUGCUGUCUCCGAAGCUGGGCAAAUGGGCAGUUGUGACAGGAGCCACAGAUGGAAUCGGGAAAUCCUAUGCGGAGGAGCUGGCUCGUCGAGGAUUUGCCUUGAUGCUGAUCAGUCGCUCCCAGGAGAAGCUGGAUGAUGUGGCCAAGUCAAUUGAGGAGCAGUUUAAAGUGGAGACCAAGACUAUUGCUGUUGACUUUGGCAAGACUGACAUCUACCCAAAGAUUGAGGCAGGUCUGACCGGUCUGGAGAUUGGAGUUCUUGUUAACAAUGUUGGUGUGUCUUACCCCUACCCUGAGUACUAUCUUCACAUUCCUGAUCUGGAUAAUUUCAUCACAAACAUGAUCAACGUCAACAUGACCUCAGUAUGCCAGAUGACCCGUCUUGUGCUACCCAGAAUGUGUGAGAGGUCCAAAGGUGUUAUCCUCAACAUCUCCUCUGCUAGUGGCAUGUACCCAGUCCCUCUGCUUACAGUCUACUCUGCAACUAAGGCCUUUAUGGAUUUCUUCUCUCGUGGCCUUCAGGAGGAGUACAGACGUCAGGGCAUCAUCAUCCAAAGUGUGCUCCCCUUCUUUGUGGCCACUAAGAUGACUCGCAUCAGGAAACCCACCCUGGACAAGCCCACCCCAGAGCGCUAUGUGGCAGCUGAGCUCACCACUGUGGGUCUGCAAAGCCAGACCAAUGGCUACUUCCCUCAUGCUGUCAUGGGCUGGGUGACCACCAGGCUGGUGCCAAGCAGCAUUGUUAUCUUCCUGGGAGCCAGAAUGAACCGUCUGCAGCGUACGGGAUACCUGCAGAGGAGGAAGCUGCGGGAGCAGAAGAACGGACAAAGUUUGAAAACUGAAUAGGACGGUGGUUGACGACGAUGCCGGCAGCCACUCUGUUCUGACCCACUGCAGCAUUUAAGAAGAGAGAAAGUGUGUGUGUGUGUGAUUUAUCCUCCAGGGUUACCUGAGAUUUCACCGUUGUGCCUACAGUAAAUCUGCACAUCAGAGCAUGUGUGACUCUGUGACUAAACCUGCAACACUCUAUGCUGAUAUUUAUCUGAGGAGAAAUGACCAAAGAAGUUUGGAGGUGAAAUGAUAAUAAAAUGCUGCUCUUGGAAAAGGACACUAGUAGUAGUCACUGACACUGAUGGUGGAAAUAAUACAACCAAAAAUAGAGGGAUUUGUUAACCCUGCUGUUGUAAGCAGUGGAAAAUGGUGGUGGGCAUCUUUUUAUAUACAUAUAUAGGCUACACCAAUCAGCCACAACAUUAAAACCACUUACUGAAUAUUGUGUAGGUCUCCACUGUGCUGCUAAAACUGCUCCAGACUGUCUGCAUGGACAUGAGACCACUGAGUAGUUUGUAGUUGAAAGUUGAUACUGUGGGAUGAGGGCUGGAGCCUCCGUGGGUCAGUCAAACACAAACCAUGGGUGACCAUUCAGAUGGGGAUCUGGGAAAUUUGAAGGCUAAGUCUAUAUCUUUGACUGUUACAUUCCUUGACCCUUUCCUGAGCAGGUUUUUGUACUAUUGUAUUGUCUUGCUUUGGAGGCCUUAGAGUAUGUUCAGUCUACAUCUAUGUUUAGGUGGGUAGUACACGUCAAAGUAACAUCACAGGACCCAGAGUUGCCCAGCAGAUUAUUAUAUUGUGAAAAAAUAAGUUAUUUGCUAAACUUGGUGGUUUAAAUGUUGUGGCUGAAUGGUAUUUAUGUUGAUUUAUUUAUUUUUAUAUUUGUAUGAACACACAAGCUAUCUCAGACAUGCAACACUAGCUUUUAACCUAGUUCUGUUUACAAAUGAUUGUUUAAUGAUGGCAGUACUUGAUUUCUGCUAUGCCAGUUUACUUGCAUCACUGAGCUAAUCUUAUUUUGCAUCUUUUUUUUUCUUCCUGAUUGCCUGUUUAACCUAUAUUUAAAAUUACACUUUGUGGUGGGUUUUAGUUGCACCAGUGUAUUUAUUCUAAGACAAAGCUGCUCAUAAUUAAGUGCCUUUCUUCUGGGAUUGAUAGAAAUGGUCAAAUUUAGUUCAAGUUAAGAUUUGGUUAAUAUGAAUGGAUCUUAUGAAAUGGUGCUAAGUCCAAAGGAAUUACUGAUUUUUUUUUUUUGUUUGUUUGUUUGUUUGUUUGUUUGUUUUCCUGACUCCAUUUAAUCAUGAUUAAUCUUUCAGGUUUUUUUUGUUUUGUUUUUUUCCCCCACCGUGCAUUUUUUUAUCAAUUAUAUGGUAUAGUUCAUUGUGUGGCAAAAAUAUAUCCACUUAAAAUAACAAAGCAGAACAUUUUACGUAAAGACAUGAUGCCAAAUGUUGGCUGUGAAAAUGGGGGAACUGUUCCUGUUAGUUCCCAUUCAGUACUCCAUAUGGCCUUUUCUGAUCUGUACCUCAACUUAGUGGCUUUGUCAAUGCUUUUCUACAGAAAUGAAAAUCUGAAUAUCUACAUUUAAAAAAAAAAAACAAAAAAAAAAAAACACUGUUUACAUUCAUUCUGCCAAUUGCAACUUGUGUUUUCUACUGUUUGUU